AUGGGCCCCCCAGAGAAGGAGCAGCCACCUGUCGAACCCGGGGAGGACCAGGACCGCCGCUGGCUUAAGUGGUCCCACCAGACGGGCCUGACCCGGAGAGAGCAGCUGAAGAUGAUGAGGGAAUUCGAGCGGCUUGUCCUGAGGAAACAGGAUCUGAGGGAGAGGAACAAGGCAGCAGGAAGGCAUGAGAGGAAGCUGGAUCAGGAGCUAAGGAAGCUGUCUUUUGACAAUGUGCCCAGCAGAGGGCGCCUCUGCAUAUUCAGCCAUGUUUUCGACGACCUCUGCCAGGGGUCUCAGGUCUUGGGGGGCAUUCUAAAAGAAAUCAAGACGGAGUAUGACCUUUAUUUGAACUCUGUCCUCGAAUCCCAGGAAGAUUUUCAUAAUGUGCCGAUGGAGUUCUUCCAAGAUGGGGUUUGCAGCAGCAUCAUGGGAACACAAGACUUGGAGGAGGCCAGGGUGGAGGUGUCAAGGCUAGAGGAGAAGGCCUGGGAGGCUCUGGAGGAGAACGAAAGAGUCAGGUGUGAACUGCAGACAGUGCUGGAUCAACCCCCCAAAGAUGAAGACAUGACCCAGGGGGUGGAUGGACAGAAGCUGGGGGAGGGAUCAAGCCCCUCUGCAGACCAACUUCAGCUCAAGAGCCAACAAGCGUGUAAUGCAGAAGAAGAGGUCCAGACCCUGGAGAGGGAGAGCAGAGAAAGUAGAGUUUCCCCUGACACUGACAUGGCAAAGCACAGCAUGGGAGAUGCAAAGCCCGAAAUAAUAAGAGUUCUGGCGUCAAAUGAAGAUCUCCGAAAUAGCAACAAGGAUUUCGAAGGCAACAUCGGUGCAGUUUUCCAAAGGGCCAAAGUCACUGAGAACAUGAAGCAACAGCUGUGGGACAAGAUAUGGGCCGCCCUGAGACACGGUGACGACACAGCCAGUGUCAACCAGUGAACUACCGAAAAAACGUGCUAUGAUUUUAUCACUAUUAAACAACAUGGCAUAAAAUGUGAAUAUUUAUAAUAUUUUUACUAGCAUGUACAGGAGCUCUUUGCUUGUCACACACCCCAUCUUACACACCAUGAAAGACACUCAUGCAUAUUUCUGCUCAGCAGUUGGGGUUAAUGGUCUUGCUAUUAAUCACUCUGCUGGAACAUGGGAUUUGAAUCCAUAACCUUCCUAACACAGGCAAUGUCCCCUAUCCCAUAAUAAUUAAGAUAAUCUUUUACACCCCACAAUUAUGUAUAUAAUUACUGGAGUUUCAGCUGCACGAAUUUCAACUUCCUAAUAAAUAUACCCUGUGUGUAUUCUUGGUAGUUAAUGCUUGGUUAAUGCUUCUGUUCACUAGGUGGCUGUGUUCUACAGUAAGACUUCUCAGCAUCACCAGAAUGUAAAACAAAAUUAAUGAUUUCAUGCUCGACUGAACAAACACAGAGACCAUAAGCAGGAUAUUUAUUUUUAUAUAUUAGACUAGUUGUCUUAUCUAAGCCCCUUUACAACCACUCCCCACUUUAAAAAUUUUAAGGCACAAAUAAAAACCAAAUGAACAGCAAUCAUAAUAGUUAUAAGAAGAGUCAGAAUAAUGGUUGGCCUGAAAUGAGUUGCUGAUCUGUCUCUGUGCAGCUCCAGUGCUGUGGUCUAGUCUCCACACCACAAUCAAAGUGGUCCCAGAUGCAAAAUGCAGGAAUGGUCACUACAAAGCUUGCAUGGGGAACCCAGUCUCCUUCAGAUCAUAUUGAAUACAGUACAGUGUCUACAUUUUAGGAGCACAUGUCAUAGGAUGCAGCCUUCAGGUUGAACCUCUUGGCUUCCUUUUCUGGACCAUCUUGAUGUAUGUUCUUUGUUUUUUUUCUCAAGAAGAACAAAGAACAUGAUUUACAUAUGUGGAAAAAAAAAGAAUAUUUUCUGAUCUUUCCCCAGAGCAUUGUUCAGAUAACACAUUCAACAGGGCUGGCCCAAGGGGUGACAGCAUAAAGCUUAGAUGAUUUUUGGUUGGUGUUCACCUACUAAUGCUACUCUACUCUUCAAAUUUCUUUCGUCUUUACUUGACUGAGGCACACCAUUUUAAAUUACUCCAGGAAUACUUGUGAUUUUGGG